AUGUUCAACAUGUUCCGAUCCGCAAACACCCUCCCCCCCACCACUACCCUCCUCGACACCCCCUCCCCCCUCUCCCCCCCGACCAGCAAAUCCCUCCCUCCCCUCCCCCGCCCUGCCCCAAACCCACGCGACUCCGUCCAGCUCCCCCCCGACGACCCCGUCGCCGUGCACCUCCUCGUCGAGACCGCACUGGGCGACUCGCGCGAGUACGAGGUGCUCUCGGUGGCGGACGUGGAUGCGCUGAAGUCGGAGCGGGAGCUGCUGACGGCGCGGAUUGAGGGGCUACGGAGGAAGCUCGCGCUGGAGAGCAAGGUGGUGGAGGCGGCGAGUAGUUUCGGGAGGAUGCAUACGAAUGGGGGAAGUCCGGUGGAGGGGAACGAUGAGGACGAGGUGGUGGCGGCGCAGCGGAAGUGCGAGGAGGUGGCGAGGGAGCUGUAUCUUGCGGAGGGACGGCUGGUGGAGGUGCAGGGGCGGUUAUUGAAACACACGGCGGGGAUCCUACAGAUGACGCAUGCGGGUCUGAAGAAGCGGACGAGAGGACGGGAUUCGACGAUGGGGAGGGAGGAUGGGCGGCCAGAUAGCCCGGCGAGCAUUUAUGCGUAUGAGAACACGAGGAAGAGCAUGUUCCCUGACGAGGCGUUCGAUGUAAGGAGUUUCUACCGCCUGCCGGACAAUUUGGAUAGUCUACUGGAUCCGACGAAUUUGAACGGCGAUCCGAGGUGGGCGAAUGGAUCGGUGACGCCGGAGCGCAGCGAGCAGUUCUUGCGACAGACGCAGGAGAUCGCGGCGACGACGCAGCGGUUGGUGGAACUGAAUCAGAAGAUGCGGGAGACGUUGGCGCAGAAUCGACAGGAGGUGGACGCGCCUCCCCCGACGGAAGAUCUAUCGCAGCAGAUCGACUUUCUCGAAGGGGGACUCGAUCAAUUGCGAGAGAUAAACCAGUCGAUGCACUCCGAGAAGUCACGGAACCACGAGCAGUUGGCACAGGCGGAGAAACUACAGGUCACGCUGGAGGGACUAUGGCAGAUCAUCGUGGGCGAGGAAGACGAGCAGCGGCAGCAAAAGAACGCCCGACGCGAGCGCGCUCUCCCGAACGAAGACAUCUCCGACGACGAGUCCGAUCCCGUCGACGCGGAAUUCUCCCUUCCGCACUUCUCGACCAAAAUCCAGUGGCUCGUCACGCAGUCCACGCGACUCAAAGAGCAGCAGAAUAUCCUUCAGCGCCAAAUUCAGCAACAGCGCGAGAUGAAAGAGAAAUCCGACUCUGAGCAAGUCACCGCGCUCAAGCAGCAACUCGACCAAGCGACCUCGCAAUCCGAAUCCUCGAAAGCCGAGCUCCUCUCGCAACUCGAACAAUCCCGCCACGAGCUCACCCACCUCCAAGCCUCCCAAGCCUCCCAGACCGAUCUCCAGACGAAGCUCGACGACGUCCUCUCGGACCUGCACACCGCCGAAGCGUCGCUCGCCGCCAAAGACACCGAGUCGCAAUCCAUGUCAUCCGAGAUCGAGCGCCUCGAAGGCGAGGUCGUCCGCCUACAAACCGACGUAACAAUCGCGCGGGCGGAGCUAGACGGAGCGUACGGCACGCGCGCGCAACGCGCCGCCGAAGUCGCCGCCUCGCAUUCCGGCGAAGCGAAGCAGAAAGAGGCGGCGUUGCGGACGGAGUUGGCGGAGACGUUGGCGGAGUUCGAGGAGCUGACGCGGGCGACGGUGGAGGCGGAGAAGGAGCGGGAGGGGCUGGAGGGGCAGGUGGAUGGGUUGCGGGAUAUGGUCGGGGGGUUGGAGCGGGAGUUGAGCGAGGAGCGGGUGAAGUGGUUGGGGGCGACGGGGGGGAAUGGGGGACCGGUGGAGGGAACGAGUACGGCAGUGUUGAGGAAUGAGUUUAGGAGGAUGAUGCGGGAUACGAGAGGGGAGCAUAUGAAGGCUUUGAGGGCUGAGCAAGAGGUGAUAAGGAAGUUGGAAGCGCAGAUCCGAUCGUUGAAGCAAGGCCCAGGAAAAUCCAGCUUGAGUCAGGUGACGAUGGCCAGAUGA